GCUCCCGCGGUACAGGGUCUGAUUUAAACGCGUUCACUUCACUUCACUGAGACAGAACUGGAGUGACUCUGGGUUUAUUCGUCUAACGCGCUUUUCUCAGCUCUUUCACGAUGUUUAAGUGCAUCAUGUGAAACUGGUCAGUUGGGUACGUGGAAAUGCUCGGACCAUUUCACACGACCCCUGACCUCUCCUGCCCGACUCUUUGACGAGACGCCGAGCCCUGGACGCUGUAAGGAUGGACGUUCACAUGCACAAGAGCCGGACGCUUCACUACGGCCUCAACCACAGUCCUGAUGAUGAUCUGCAGUUCCUCAGUCGGGAGGAGCGGGAGUGUAUUUUGUUCUUUGAGGAGACCAUCGGCUCCCUGGAGGAGGACGAUGAGAGGACAGGGCUCUCCGCAGGCGAGCGUCCGGUCUCAUACGCUACAGCUCCACGUCCCAGCCCUGCAGAUCAGGACAUCAUUGACCUGGUGCACCCUUCAGUCGGUCCCAGCAAACAGAGAGACACACUGCCCGUCAGGCCAGAUUCCCAAGAGCGGAUUAUACACCCAGAGACCCAUUUUGAACUGAAGCCAGGACGUGACCUGGACGUCCCAGACGGGCCACAAAAGAGAUCUGGACACCAGCCGCCCGCAGGUUCAGGAGCCAGCGGCACGUCUGCAUCGCAGCUGCCCGAGCGCAGAAGCAGUCUAGAGUUGCCCUCGAUCAAACACGGCCCUCCAACCCACGCCAAACCCACGCGUCUUCCCGACAGCAUCAGCAUCCUGCGGAGCAGCCGUGAACACAUUCCCCACUCGAUCGCCGCCGAAGCCGUGAGCGUUCAGGAGCACCGGGCACACAUGCUCUCUAACCUCUCCGGCCCCGAGCACCCUUUAGACGGAGGAGAACCAGCCUGUGUGCGCAAUCCUCCCACGCGGAGCAUCUCGUUUCGAGAUCCGACGCCGGACAAGUCUAGGAUGGAGGCGCUUUCGAAGCUCGGACUUGCUCAGAGGAAAGCGCAAUCCGUCAUGCAUUCAUCUCCGAGGGAUCUGGAAAACAUCAAGACCGGCAGCACGUUCAACAUCACCAAACCAGCUAACACUAGCACCACAGACACUACACACCCCUGCCAAACCAGAUCCUUGACGAGCGCCGAAGUCAAACACAGAGAUUUGAACAGCCAUGGAGGAUCCAAUAGGAUGGAGGCGCUUUCGAAAGUCGGACUCAUUCAGAAGCAAUCUGUCAUGCAUUCAUCUCCGAGGGAUCCGGAAAACAUCAAGACCACAUCAACGUUCAACAUCACCAAUCCAGCUAACACUAGCACCACAGACACUACACACCCCUGCCAAAGCCAUGCACCGACCUUAACGAGUGCUGAAGUCAAACACAGAGAUUUUAACAGCUAUGGAGGCAAGAGCAUCACAUUAAACCCAACGACAUCCUUCAGGAGCGAGUGCCUCUCAUCUUCAGCGGCCAAAACAGAGUCUUCAGAGAUUCAUAUCAACAACUUCGGCGGCAGAUCACGAGUCAUGACUCCAUCCCAGACAAACCAUCACUCCCAAACCAAAACCAUCACUCCGGUAAAAGAGGAAACCUCCAGCUCAAACAGGACUUCAAGUGAAGACCUUCCUAAGAGGAAAGCAUUGCACUGUGAAGCACCCGUGAAGCAGCCGCCUGCUCCGGCUCCAAAACCAGUACGCCGACAAAGUUUUCUGAGUCCCAUUGGGUCACGUCCCCCUCCGGUGUCCCCGGAGCUACGCCGCAAUUCUUUGCCAAAGUCGUCCUUCCGUACUCAGGGAGUAACGGUGCAGUUUUCUGGCCGAGGAGCCACAGAUGAGGCUAGACGUGAUGCACUACGCAAACUAGGACUGCUGAGAAACACGCCUUAAUAAAUCUGACCAUGGACCAGAAAACCAGUCCCAAGGGUCA